AUGUAUAAGCAACCCUAAUAGCCUACACCUAGAAAUGUUGUCAAAUAAACUCCACUUAACACUUAAGAGAUACUGCAAAGACUUAUGAAAAAAAAUUCUAAAUCAAAAAUCCAAUUAAUUGAUAUUGCUGAUGAUACAAAGAUUGUAAAAAAUGAGAAAUUUGUUUCUAAAUCUCCUUGUUCAGGAUGGUAGAGCUUUAGAAAUUAAAGUUCUGAAAAGGCAAUCCAUAAAAUAAGGCAUUAAUCUAAUGAGGAUUUGUAAAAAACUCUAAAAAAACCAUGUCAUUUAAAUCAUGUAAGUUCAAUGAUAGGAUUUUAAUAAAAAGAUGUCAUUUAAAAUGCUAAUGCCUUUUUAAGAGAAAAAAAUCUUGAAAAUAAACUAGAUACUUUGACUUAAUAGAUCUCAAAAUUGAGAGAAAAAUCUGAACAAUUAGAAUUAUAGAAUAAAUUACUAUUUGAUAAUUUAUAAAAGUAUAAAUGUGAAGGCAAUUAAGUAAUUUUUGGGUUAUCAUGAAGGAAAGAAAUGCUUUGCUUGAAAGGUUGGAUCACAUGAUUGAAAUGCAAUAGAAACAAGAAGAGAAUUUAUAGCAUAUAAAGACUUUAUUUAGUGACAAUUCCAGGAGAAUAAAGACCCAAUAAUCUUAACCUAAGUAAAGAAGUUUUGGAAAAUCUGCUUAUAUGGGAUUCAAUAUAUGA